CUAUUUCUUAAUGCUCUUAUACAAGGCUCAACCCCAAGGCGGAAGAGUGAAGCAGCGUCCUUCAUUUGAAAGGCGGCUUCUCUCCAUCUCUCAUUUUUGCCUGAGCCCUGAUACUAGAGGCAUAAAAUGGUGCCACUAAAAUCUCUAACGAGGCGUAUUUGCUCCUGUCCACUUUUCAUCCAUCAGACCAGAGCCAUUUCUUCGCAGCCCAACAUCGCUCAUGAUGAUGCAUUGAAUCAGGUCCUAGUGGAAGGUCGUGCUCAUUCUCGAACUGUGGUCCUUAACAGGACUUCUUCUCUCAAUGCUUUCACCACUUCAAUGAUUCUGCGGCUGAGGAAGCUGUACGAAGCAUGGGAAGAAAACCCAGAUAUAGGUUUUGUAGUCUUGAAGGGUAGCGGCAGGGCAUUUUGUGGAGGUGGUGAUGUUGUUAGGCUUUAUCAUCUUCUUGGUGAAGGGAAAACAGAAGAAUGUAAGGAGUUCUUUUAUAAGUCAUAUGGAUUUAUGUACCUUGUUGGAACAUACUUAAAGCCUCAUGUUUCUUUAUUGGAUGGCAUUACUAUGGGAGGUGGGGGAGGGAUUUCGAUUCCAGGGACAUUUCGUGUGGCAACUGAAAGAACU